CCUUUUUUUAUCUCCUUUGGGGUAUUCCGAGUCUUCCGCGUCCGCCCUCGCCCUUCGUAUCGCCGGUGUAGAGAGACGGGACCACGACCAUGUACGCGUCUCGUUCAGCCGUCGCCACGGCGUUGCUAUUCUCGCUAGCCACCGCCGUACCCAACCUUCGUCCGAGACAGACCGACGCCGCCCUGCAGCCGUGGGUCACCAUCGGUGAAGAUGGCAGCCCGAGCACCGUCACGCCCGUUCUAAGCACUGUUGAUGGGACGCCCACGGUUAUAUCUGGCGCGCCGCACGACCUAACCGCCACUGUCUUCACCACCACCAACUAUGGCAAGGUUUCCACCAGCACCGGCACCGCCCCUCUGGCCACGCCCACCGGCGGCCAAGCUGGCGCUUUUCCCGUCUGCCACAACAAGGACGGCGAGUUCGCUCCGUGGUGCCAGCCGACCGACGGCACCGAGCUAUUCCCGGGCACCACCUAUUACUUUUUGUGGGAUGCCACGUACUUCAAGAUCCCGAACACAACCAUCCUCGUACAGGGGAACUACCUGAAUGAGACUACGGGCGAAGUCACCGAUCAGGCCUUCGAAUCGCCGAAGACCGCCGCGUCCUGGGGGUUCUGGAGCUACCGAAUUGAAGAAAGCCUCAUGAAGUUCCAGUCUAGCAAGAACAUCACCUUACAGCUCGCCACUCUGACCUUGGACGGAACGCAGAGCGAGAUCAUCCCGGGUCCCCGGGUCCUGGUAACUCAUUACCCCGGCCCGAAACCUGACCUCGGCAAGCCCGCAGACCAGUUGGCGCUCAUGAUCGCCCUACCCACCGUCUUCGGGUUCAUCCUCCUCUGCGUCGUAGGCACCUGCAUCUGGAACAAGAAGACCCGCCGGAUCGACAUCGGCAACAUCAUGUCGCGCAACCGGAACGGCUACGGCGUCGGGAAGAGCGCGGGCACCCGGAUGGGCCUGGGCAAGAAGCAGAAGGCCCACGAGCGCAUCCAGCUGAUGGAGCGCGAGGUUCGGGCGGACGGCGGCGAAGUUUACCGCGACAUGCCCGAACUCGAGAGGCGGGACAGCGACGCGCUCGGCAGCCUGGCCGGCACCCCGAUCGAGGACCGGCGCAUGGACUUCCACAGGCCCGGGAGGCGAUAGGGCUGAUCCUGCGGUCGACGGCGUGGUCAAGGCUUAAUAACGAGAGAAUCUAGCAGAGACAAGGGGUGAACUUUACUUUUGGAAAGCCGUACUCGGAAAGCCACAUUUGGAAAGCCGCGCACGACAACGGACGGUGGAACUGUUCGCGAACGAAAGGUACGCAUGGGAAUAGAAACGCUAACGAUGAAGAUAAUCUUACUGUACGCGCUAUGUACGCUUAUCAGGAUUUACAAGACCCUGUACG